CUCUCUUUCUCUAGCUCGCUCGCUAGCUAGCUUCCACGGAUCGAAAGUCUGCAAUUCGCUUUCUAGGAUUUCUCAUUUUUCGAAUUCGUUUUCCAUGGCGCGUCUGUGAACAAUGGCGGCUAACUCCGCAGUCUCUCUUCUUGAUAUCAGGCUCCGUCAAUUCGGCGUUGGCACAAGUAAUCAUGAAUUGAGCCUGAAAAAGUGGAGAAGUAGGCUGCUAUGGUUUGAUGGCGAUCAAGCCAGUGCUCCGAGGCGAUUUAGCUGCUGCGCAGAUAUGCUUUCACCGAUGCGCCUCUCUGUGGCGGGUUUCGAGAACUCGGAGGAACGGCGUUUCGAUCAGAAGACGACCGCUCAUGGAGCCGGAAUCAAAACUUCCUCCUCUGCAAUGCCGUUUGCAUCUCCCAACAGGUCUCGGUUUGUCUCCAAGCAAGAGAAGUUCUACCCUCGUUGCACUCCAAGGCUUACUGGCCCUCAGUCCCGUGAUACUCCCCCUAAAAGAGACACUGGGAUUGCUAAUGAAAAGGAUUGGGGCAUCGAUUUGUUGAAUGAGAAUGUGAAUGAGUCUGGUAGUAAUGAAGAUGGCAGUACUUGGUUUAGAGAAAGCGGACAGGACCUGGGGGAAAAUGGCUACAGAUGUAGGUGGACAAGGAUGGGCGGUCGAUCCAAUGAUGGCUCUUCUGAGUGGACAGAAACGUGGUGGGAGAAAAGUGACUGGACCGGAUACAAAGAAUUAGGCGUGGAGAAAUCUGGUAAAAAUGGUGAGGGUGACUCUUGGUGGGAAACUUGGCAAGAAGUCCUUCAUCAAGAUGAGUGGAGUAAUCUUGCGAGGAUUGAAAGGAGUGCACAAAAGCAAGCGAAAUCAGGAACUGAAAAUGCUGGUUGGUACGAGAAAUGGUGGGAAAAGUACGAUGCUAAAGGGUGGACAGAAAAAGGAGCACAUAAGUAUGGUAGACUAAAUGAGCAGUCAUGGUGGGAGAAGUGGGGGGAACAUUAUGAUGGAAGAGGAUCUGUUCUGAAAUGGACAGACAAGUGGGCUGAGACUGAGUUGGGGACCAAAUGGGGAGACAAGUGGGAAGAGAAAUUUUUCGGUGGGAUAGGUUCACGUCAGGGGGAGACAUGGCAUGUAUCACCUAACAGCGACCGUUGGUCAAGGACGUGGGGAGAGGAACACUUUGGAAACGGAAAAGUUCACAAGUACGGAAAGAGUACGACCGGAGAAAGCUGGGACAUAGUGGUGGACGAAGAAACAUACUACGAGGCUGAGCCGCAUUAUGGAUGGGCAGAUGUGGUGGGUGAUUCAACACAGUUAUUGUCGAUUCAACCCCAAGAGAGACUACCUGGUGUCUACCCAAGCCUCGAGUUUGGGCCAUCUCCGCCUCCUGAGCCCGACCAACCACAAUGACAUCGCCUGCGUUUGUUUAGAGCUUGUUAUUAGCAGAAUAGCCUUUUUGGCUGUUAUUUUCCCUAUAAAUUUAGAACGUUGUGAAUUAUGGGUUUAUAUAAUUUCUAAUUCAUUUGAGCUCAUGCUCUUGCUCAA